AUGGGGACACAGGGAGAAGGGCUGGGCCGCUGCUCCCAUGCCCUGAUCCGGGGAGUCCCAGAGAGCCUCGGGUCUGGGGAAGGGGCGGGGGCUGGUCUCCCAGCACUGGACCUGGCCAAAGCUCAGAGGGAGCACGGAGUGCUGGGGGGUAAACUGAGGCAGCGACUGGGGCUGCAGCUGCUAGAACUGCCAUCUGAGGAGUCGUUGCCGCUAGGACCACUGCUUGGUGACACGGCUGUGAUCCAAGGGGACACAGCCUUAAUCACGCGGCCCUGGAGCCCCACUCGCAGGUCGGAGGUGGAUGGAGUCCGGAAAGCCCUCCAGGACCUGGGACUCCGAAUUGUGGAGAUGGGGGAUGAGAACGCGACGCUGGAUGGCACUGAUGUUCUUUUCACUGGCCGGGAGUUUUUCGUAGGCCUCUCCAAAUGGACCAAUCACCGAGGAGCUGAGAUCGUGGCAGACACAUUCCGGGACUUCGCAGUCUCCACAGUGCCGGUCUCGGGUCCCUUGCACCUGCGUAACUUCUGUGGCAUGGGAGGACCACGCACAGUAGUAGCUGGCAGCAGUGAAGCUGCCCAAAAGGCUGUCAGGGCAAUGGCAAUGCUGACUGAUCACCCCUACGCCUCCCUGAGCCUUCCAGAUGACGCAGCAGCUGACUGUCUCUUUCUUCGUCCUGGGUUGCCCGGUGCAUCCCCAUUCCUCCUGCACCGUGGAGGUGGGGACCUACCCAACAGCCAGGAGGCACUGCAGAAGCUCACUGAUGUCACCCUGGUUCCUGUGUCCUGCUCAGAACUGGAGAAGGCAGGCGCUGGGCUCAGCUCUCUCUGCCUGGUGCUCAGCACACGUCCCCACAGCUGA